UUUGGUUUGUGCCAUCCUGAUGACACUCCACACACAUUUAAUUUCCACCAUGCGGUAGACGCUGCUACGGAACUCCCCACAGUUGUUGCACCAUAUGCUGGCUUUCUUACCCUCUAUCCUACUACAAUGGUAGGAGCAUCCACUUGUUCCAGAUGGUUGGGAGUGGAGGUAGAGUUUGGGCUGAAUAACCAACAGUAGAUGCCGCUGCCUGGCUGGUUGGGUUUUGAGCAGGUAUACCUUCCAUCCUUCACUCUAUCUCUGGGCCAAUUAGGACUUUCUCUAGAGUUGCCAGCUGUAGGCACCUUUGAGAUGUACACUUCCAGUCCGGAUAGCUGUGCACCAAUAGCACAGAGAUACCAAUGGCCACCACAACAAUCAUAUUGGAGACAAGCACUAUGGGCAAUCUGUUGACUUUUUGCUUGCACGUAUAGUAUCUGCAUAGAUGGUCCAGAGUAUCGACCUCACCUUUUGCUGUGUUAUGAUGUCUGAUGACUGGUUUAUGCCAGAUACUACCAUGUCACGAGGCAUGAUUGACAGUAGAAGCACUGAUUUCCCUUCUGCGGGAGAUCAUACGAUACAAGUGUAUGUUCACCUCAAAGCAAAAGAUUGAAGAGUGAACUUGCCUUUGGAGAUAUGGCAGCAAUUCUAUCGGUAUAUAGGGUUUAUUCCUCCUAAUGACGCCAACAUAAGCAAGAUAUUUCUGAAGCAAAUGAUCAGCCAUCUUAAUGCUGGUGAGGAAGUUGUUCCCAACCACAUUCCUACCACAGUUCUACCAGCUUGGUGAGAACAUUAUAACCAAGGUGGGCUUCCUGUGUCUCUUGUGGCUGCUUGCCUGUCAUGCGUUAGUAGAGAAUGUAACUAAGAUGCAGCAGAGUUAAGCUACGUGUGCUGGGUGAUUUGCCUGAAAGGAGCAGGCUUUUAUCCUGCAUUCAAAUAACUGAGAAUUUAGACUGCGUAAAACAAGAAGAGCUACUUUAUCUAUAAACAUACCUAGUUGACAAGAAAGGCAUCGGUAGUUAGAGCUAGUUAGUGGGAGGCACAAUGGCCAGGCUUGGUCAUUCCCCGGUGAAGAGGAGAGGACCCUCUCUCAGCUGGAUGGAGGAGGAAGGAGCGUGUGGAGGAGAGGGCAGCUCCCUCCCUGAGUGUCAGUCUACACCAAAAGGAGCACAGGUAAGGAUGGGUGGCCUAGCCAGCUGGAGUACUCCCCCCCCUUCCCCAAAUGGGAGUUGCUCUUGGCAAAAUCCCAAGGUUGCCAAGGUGGAUGUCCUCUUCAAAGGCAGCAUGUCAAAGUACACCCCCCAACCCAUGAGGGAUGCCUUUAAUCAGCUGUGGAUGGAUGCAGAUUAGUUACUUCCCUUGCCAGCUUCUCCCAGAAAAUGAGGUUGGAGGUGGGGGAAUUCCCUGGCUAAAUAAAGGGUUUUUUUUCCUUUGAAUGCCUUAACGGGGGUGGGAGGUGUUGUUCAUAACACUUCCCUGGAAUUUAUAAUUCCCAGCAAUUUGUAAAAUACAACUUGCUUUGCUUGUAGAAGCCAUGGUUUUCUCCCAACAGCCAAAGCUCCUCAGUGCAAAAGGGAGUGCUUGGAAAUGUAACUCCUAGUUUGCUUACUCUUUUGUCAUGUGACUGCAAGCUUGUUUGCUUUUGCAAAGGUUAGAGGGAAAACGUGACUCCAGUGGAAAGAAGGAUAGGGUGUUUUUAGGAUGGUAACAUUGGCUAGGGUAGUAAAUGCACCCCAGUGGCAAAAUUCAUUGCAUUUCUGUGACUUUUUAUGAUUUUUCUUUGUUUCUAGAAGGAAAACAGCAAAUGGUACCUGGCUGAAAUUUGGGGAAGGUGUAUGGGUGACAAUUUGUGACAAUGCCCUAGACAGACUGCCCUGUAGGUCUACUUAUGUGUAUGAAGAGUGUACCAGGUACAUUUUUGUCCCACAGAAUUAGAUGAAGGCACCCAAUAAACGCGCCUUUUCCCUCUCCAAGCUGCAUUCACACAGGUUGCCACCCCCAGCCUCCCAGACACUCCCUCCCUGCUCCCUGCUGCUUAUUUGCUCCUGUCUGCAGUUUCUGGGCCCCUUUCUUUGUAAAGAGAGACAGUGUGGGGUAGUGGUUAAGGUGCUGGACUACGACCUGGGAGAUCAGAGUUCGAAUCCCCACACAGCCAUGAAGCUCACUGGGUGACCGUGGGCCAGUCACUGCCUCUCAGCCUCAGAGGAAGGCAAUGGUAAACCACCUGUGAAUACCGCUUACCAAGAAAAAAGUACUCAUAGGGUCGCCAUAAGUCGGGAUCUUGAAGGCAGUCCAUUUUUUCCUUUGUAAAAGGUUGUACUGGCUUUAUUGCCUUUCCCCUCAGAAUAGGUCACUGCAGGCCCAGGUAUGUUGUGGGAGGGCCCACAGGGCAGAGCUGGUAGGCCUGAGGUCAAGCCUCGCCUGGGCUCAGCCGCAGCACAUCUCCCUGAGGGCGUCCGUGUCCAGAUCGCCUACUCUCCUCCUCCCCUCCAAGUUUUCGCCCGGUGCUUUCCCUUUAAGCCUUCCCUGCUGGUGGGUCACAAGGCAGCAAGAGCCCCAGAAUAGCACGGGCUGCGAGUCGACACCCGGAUGGGCGGCCCCACCAGCCCAGGCUCUGCCCGUCGCGGCCCUGAGCGCAGACCAUGGAGCCCAUAGCGACGCGCAAAGCACAGGGCCCGGCGCAGGCCUUCUGGCGAGCUCUCUUGUCUGGCGACGGAUGCGCCAUCCUGUGCCUCUUGGGCGACCCCGAGAGCGGUGUGGGCCCCAACUCUGUCUUCGACACCAGCGACCUCGACGAGUGGAAGAGCUACCGCUCCAACGUCCGCUGGUUGAGGAUCUGGUCUCUGACCUACGAGCAGGAGCUCACCACUCCGCUGCACAUCACCGCCAGCCGCGGCUACCUGGACUGCUUGCGCCACCUCUUGCUCCGCGGGGCGGACGUGGACCUGGCGCCGGGCGGGCAGACAGCCUUGCACGAGGCGUGCGCCGCCGCCACGACCGACUGCGCGCGGCUCCUGCUCUCUUUCGGCGCUGACCCGCAAGCCGCCUCGGAAGGCGGAUUCCAGCCGCUGCACCUGUGCCGGAGCCGCGCCUCCCUCGAGUGCGCUCAGCUCCUGCUGCGCCACGGCGCAAACGUGAACGGCGCGUCGAAGGAGGAGGGGGACACGCCGCUGCACGUGGCGGCCCGGCUGGGCCUAGCAGAGCACGUCCGGGUCUUCCUGCGCCACGGAGCCAACCUGGAGGCUCAGAACGCCGAGGGGCAAACCCCGCUGAACGCCGCCUGCGCCCAGCCGCACCCACCCCGAGCCAUAGGCAACUACUACGACGUAUGCCGGGAGCUGGUGGACGCGGGCGCUCGAGUGGACGCCGCCGACGUGGACCGCCAGCGGCCGCUGCACCAGGCCUGCAAGACCGCCAACUCCCGCGUGGUGGCGCUGCUCCUCGCCCGGGGCGCCAGCGUCAACAUCAUGAGCUACAGCGGCAACACGGCCUUGCACAACAUCCUCCAGGCGGCCGCCUACAAGCUGGAGCACCGGCCGGAGGUGGUGGUGCGGGACCUGCUCAACCACGGCGCCGUUCGCGUCUGGCCGGGAGCCCUGCUCAAGGUGCUGCGCCACUGCUAUGCUUCCCCCCGCACCAUUGAGGCCCUGGUCAACUGUUACAAGCACGUGCCUGUCACAGAAGAGUGGGCCGAGGCAGUCCCUGCUGAGCUGACCCAGCAACACCAGCGGUUCUUCCAGUCGCUCUUCUCCCUGGGCCAGAGCCCCCGUGCCCUCCAACAUCUGGCCCGUUGCACCCUCCGGAACUACCUUGAAGGCCGCCUGAUCCAGGUCCUGCCUGGGCUGCACUUGCCGCCGGCCCUGCACGAUUUUCUGCUGCUCCGCUUUGAAGAUGUGAUGUAUUAGGGGAGGCUGUGUGUUUGUGUGUGUGACCGACCUGGUUCAAGGCUCCCGUGAAGUGUUGGGCAGCAGAGUGGAGGUGUUGGGGGCACUUCUGUCAGGAAAGGGGUGGCUCUGGCAAGUGAGCCCUGCACCGCUCCCUUCGCAGCAGCUCCUCAUGCCCGCCUGUCCUCCUGCACAAUGAGACCCUUGUUACUUGCGCCCCUGCCCUGCUUAGCAAGGGAGUAACAGCCCUGAGGAAGCCACAGCUGUAUCGGAACUCCCCACCACCAAGGCAGAUGUGUUCUAGGGUUACUCCCUCCCCCCGUCUCUCUCCUCCCAGCCUCAGACUGGGAGCCCCUCACCCCCAUUGCAGCCUCCAAACUGACCUCUUCUUGGGUGGCUCAGCAGUGUAUGUUAACCACCAGCCCCAGUGCCCAGAGUGAUAGUGGGGCCAUGUCUCAGCUGCAGGGUGGAGGGCGCCUUGAAGUAGGUCGCAAACAAGGGCUGUGCCAGGCAGACCUGCCCUUUGCAGGGGGGCUGUGGCCUGAGGGGGCCCCACCAGGUGUGUAGCUAAUUUUUUCCACAAAAAUACAAUUAAAUUUAUUACAGAAAAA